AUGACAACUUUCCACAACCACCCCAUAGGCUUCGAACUACAAGACACCGAACGUGCCGGCCAAUUCAUUCUCCAUCACAUCGUCGCCAAGACGGCUCCAAAACACACCAUGACCCGCCACGUCACGUGCCGCGACCGUCCAACACGCAUUGCCCAGACACUAGUAUCACACAAGCCAGUCGAGUUGUGUCUGUAUGCCUACGGACCACACUUGCAACGCCUAUUGGCUGUAGUGGAGUGUGUGAGAAAACAAGACUCUGGCCUGGUGAAAUGUCGGACCACAUUAUCCAGUUUCACCGAGCACAAUGACAAUGACAGUGCCACCAUCAUCGAUGCCACAAAGAAACGCACCGUGCCCAUCUUGGUGGCCGUGCUCUCCCGACAAUAA